UAUGGGAGAUAACAUUUGUUUCAAACGACAAAAUGUUUGUUUCUAGAAAAGAAAAAGACACACAGAUAUAUAUAUAAAUUAAUAGUGUAGAAAAUAAAUAAAAAAAUCCGAAAGGUUUCCUCCUUGAGCAACUUUGUUUUAUUUAAAACCGAACAAAAGCAAAACCAAAAGCCACAAGAAACCCCAAACCUAAAAGAACAAAACAAAAACACGGACCUCCGUAAGAAAAAGAGAGAAGAAAUGGUGCGUUUCUCAACUGCAACGAUGAUCUUUGCGGCGGCCAUGACGGCGAUGGUUUUGGUUUCGUUGCCGGAGGUGGAAGCGCAAACGGCUACUACUUGCGUGAACAAGCUAGUCCCCUGCUUCAGUGCUCUGACGACGACGACGAGGCCACCAAAGGAAUGCUGUGACUCGAUCAAGGAAGCGGUGAAAGAUGAGCUUCAAUGUCUCUGCACCGUCUACAACACUCCUGGUUUGCUCUCUGGGUUCAACGUCUCUACUGCACAAGCUCUCAAUCUCAGCCGUCGAUGUGACGUCACCACCGAUCUCUCCGCUUGUUCCGGUACUGGAGCUUCAUCGCCAAAGGCCUCUUUACCUCCUCCAGGAAACAAAGGAAAAGACACCGCAGCUGGGAACAAGCUCGCUGGUUAUGGAGUCACCACCGUGAUCUUCUCUUUGUUUUUCACCAAUUUCUUUUGAGAAAAAACCUGGAAUUACCUGGUUUUCCGAUUGUUAACCGGAUUUAUUAUUAGCUCAUAUUUGACCUUAUAUUAAGGGUAAAAUAAAGUUUUCUUUUGUUCA